AUGGAAAAUCGCAAACCUGCCGACGAUGAGGUUGAGCUCACGUCCGAGACUUUCGAAGACCUAGACAUAGAUUCGCGCGCCAAGAAGGUUCUCAAGGACAAGGGUUACACGUAUUUGACCCAUGUCCAGAGCCGCGUGUUGCCCUUGGCUCUGGCUGGCAAGAAUCUGAUCAUCCAGUCGCCCACCGGUUCUGGCAAAACGCUGUGUUUUCUGCUACCAGCGGUUAAGCUACUGUUUGACGAAGGCUACAAUGGCACUUUCCCAGCGGAUGUUAGUAUGUUGGGUUGUAUUUGCCUGGCUUCAACCCGAGAACUGGCUACUCAAAGCGCCAUACAGAUGAACGACCUCGCCAGGCCGCUAGGCCUUAAGUCAGGGUGUUGCAUCGGCGGAAUACGCGACAAAUACGACAAAAGCAAUGCAAGACGCCUGCAGAUUCUCACGGGCACGCCUGGACGUGUGCUGUCCCUGUUGUCUAACGAUUCGCUCAACUGUACUUCAAACGUCAAGUUGCUUGUGCUCGAUGAGGCAGACCGCCUGUUGGAUAGCGGAUUUCGAAACGACAUUCUGGACAUCGUGAGCUACAUCCCGCCUUCCACUCAGAUUCUCCUGUUUUCUGCAACAAUCAAGUCGUCACUGCAAGAUCUAUGCGACUAUUUGCUGCGCGGCAAGGAAUAUGAGUAUGUGUGUUUGGGGUCAGACGCAGCUUUGUUAUCGGCAUCAAAGCUGCGGCAAGAGUACAUAGUGGUGCCAAUGAGUCUCAAGCUACCCGCACUGUUUCAUCUGCUGAGCAAGCAUCAACAGAAGCGCUUCAUUGUGUUUCUGGCUACGUGUAAGCAGGUGCGGUUUGUCUACGAAACCUUCAAGCGUUUGAUUCCAGCAGUCCCGAUGACAGAAUGGCACGGAAAGCAGAGCCAGCUGAAACGAAAUGAGCAGUUCACCCGUUUUGCCGCGAAGCAGAACUACGGCUGCAUCUUCACCACCGACGUGGGCGCUCGUGGGGUUGACUUCCCGGCAGUCGACUAUGUCAUUCAGCUUGACAUACCGGAUUCGGUUGCCACGUAUACUCAUCGCGUUGGCCGCACUGGUCGCCUUACUGUAGAAGGCACACGCAGUUUUGGCUGUGCCUUUACGAUCUUUUGCGAGAAUGAGACCCCGCUGGUGGAUGAGUUGAAGGCAUCUGGUGUAAAGAUGCACAAUUUCACCAAGCUGCUGUGGCCAUUUUUGUUACGAAAGGAGAACUACGUGCUGCAAAAAUUGCAGUCUAUGCUAGCGAAGGAAGCUUGGCUCAAGGAGGUCGCGCAGCGUGCGGUAACUGCGUACAUGCGCUAUUUGACUACGCGCAAAUCCGUCACUCUUUCCGGCCAAGCGUUAGUCGAUGCGGUUAAACAGAUGGCGCUUGCUUCUGGUCUACCGAUGGCCCCUCAUAUCGAAGUUGAAGAGGACUCCCCCACCGAAAAGGUGAGCAAGCUGUCGAAGUUGAAGGAUAAAAUCCGUGCGAAAAAACGCGAUAAUGCAGCAAAAGGACAAGCUUCCGAAAGCAAUGGUCACGUUUUCGUGGAGGCAUCAUCUUCAAGCGGGUCUCAUGCUGAUAUGGACCGGUCACAUAAAAAAGGCAAGCAGCGCAUGGUUACACAAUCGGCGUCGGACUCUAAUUUUGACUCCAGCGAAACAAGUAAUCAUGAAUCUUCUGAUGAUGGUUCGUCCGAUGAUUCAGACGGCUAUGAUAAUGAGUUAUCGGAAGAAGCCUCAUCUGCAGUCACAUUGGAAGCAAAGGAACGCAGCGACAGCGAGCUGUUUAAAAGGGGCAGUGAUGAACGAGUGGAGGAGGACCUACGGCUAUACGAGGAACGCAAAGCUGCUGAGGACCGAGAAGAUGUGCGUUUGAAAUCCGCUCUCACUUCAACACGUAAAAAAUUACGUUUGAACCGUCACGGUGUGGCGAAGAUUCGGGGCGUGGAGACGCUACGUCAGUCGGAUCAAAAGCAUACCAUGUUUGACCCAGACUCCGAUGAAGAGGAGGUGUCGCGACACGAAGAGGCACCGCCCGAGCUGGAUGACAUGCUACGGGAGAAGGAGACCUACAUACAGAGCCUCUCAGAACGACUGAAGGCUGCCAAAAAGGACGACCACGAGUGGGAAUCCAGGCGCCGAGCGGAACGCCGCGCAAAGCGCCUCAAGUAG